CUGAAAUCUUCCUCCUUGAGGCUGAUUUUUUUCCAGGCCUGGGCUCCAUUUGAAAGUGACAUUUUUCUUCUCUCUGUAAAGCCAAAAUGGUUGUGCAGUUUUUGAAUACAAGGGUGGGGAUAAACUCUGCCUUCCACACCAAGGUCACAGAGGUAGCCUGUGGCAGAGCCAGCAACUGAAUCCAGGUCUCCUGAGGACAAGCCCAGUGUUUUAAGAAGACAAGACCAUCCAUCCUCCACAAGUGACUAUUAGUUGCCUGGUAAUUUAGUCUACUGGGAUCUACAAUGUAGGAGAAGUGAAAUGAGUGCAACCCUAAUUUUCUAUGCCCGUCCCCUGCAGCACACAAGCCCCCUUUAGUCCUCACCACACCCCCGCCUCACUACAAUUAUCCCCAAUUUACAGAGGGGAAACUGAGCACGGAGCGACUCUGUGACUUGCUCAAGACUGCAGCACAGCCAGGCCUUGCACCAAAACCUCCAGUGUCCCAUGGCAGCAGCUUGCCCACAAGCAUGGACUUCCUCAUCCGUCAGGUAGCCCCGGCUCUGCAUCAGAUGGUUCCUCUUGCCUCUGAGGAGGCUGCAUCCCUCAGUUGUCACCUUGUGAAGGCUCUUCAAGUGAAGCAGUGUGGGGUUGGAAUGAGCUGACUCAUCCUCUCAGACGUUCCAGUGAUACUUAUCUCCUGUUUGACAGAAGCUGGCAGGAUCCAGGAGGAAGCUCAUAUGGGCGGUUGGCUCUGGGAUCCACGGCUGAGCAGAGAAGUCUGGGGUGGAGCCGGCUCUGGCAGCAGGGAGCAUGGCAGGAUCAGGACUUCCAGGGAGAGAACGAACUCUGGGAGACGUUCCCCUGAGGAAGGCAAAGCAGGCAUAGCUCAGAAGCCAGUGAUGACACUUAACUAUUUCAAGGCUCAUCCCAGAAGUAUUUGGCUGGGACAUCGAUGCCGGGAAAGGGAGGAACUCCAUUGUGAACUGGCCGGAUGGCCAAGGCACCACCAUAGCAGACCACUGGAAGUCCUGAGAAGAGCAAGACAAUUGCUGAAAUGCCAUGUCAUGCCACUUGGGGGGGGCGCACCGAGCUGGUGUCCAUCUUCUCCAGUAAAUGCUCCUAGAACUCACUUCAGGGGCUUGGACAAUCACAGUGCCAGGAACUGGAACCUCUCUCCAUGUAUGUCACAGGGUGAGACUAGACUGGAUCAGGACGUGUGUGUUGCAGCUCUCUGCCUUCAUCCACCUUUCAGCCCCCGAAAAGCCUCACAGCCGUACAAGCAAAUAACAUCCUCUGUAGUAAUAACCGUCACAGAACUGCCCGUCAACCAAAAAAAUCGAUUCUUCACACAGCUGCUACGGAAGACCCCUUGUCUCAAACACGAAGAGACCAUGGAACGGGCAUGGACACACACACAGACACACACACAGAGGAGACAAUGGACCAGGUCCUCAGCUGGCGUGAAUCUGACCACACUCCAGUGGCGCUCCACUGACUUAUACCCAUGAGAAUCUGGACCAGCGACUCUUCCGAGACUGGGGUCCCCAUAUGUCUCUGUCCAUUGUGUGUUCUGUGGUAUGGCAGACUGUGCCUUUAAGGGUUGAUGGAGAGUCCGGGCAGGGCUGCGAGAAGCUCUUGUUGUGCUCGGGUGGUUGGAACCAGACAGAACAGAGCAGAGUUCUUGUGAGCUCCCUACAUACUGAGUGAUCCCUGAGAGUCACAUCCUCUGCCCGGCCUCUCUGUCUCCCCCCCUGAAAGCGCAGGAGAUUGCCUUUGCCUUUACAGCCUUGUCUCCCCUCCCUCCACGAUUUCUCCUCGCCCUCCACUUUUUAUCUUCUGCCUCCUGCCAAUCAGCAGGCGUUUAAUCCCCUCUUUCCACCAGCCCUGGGGGCAGCCUGGGAAGUGUUAUCUGAUGCCCUUGAGACAAGGACUUCUCACCAUCCCCCUGCGAUUCUCCACCCUCUCCAGUUACCGAGAAGGGCGCACACUCUUCCAGCUGAGCGCAGCUCCCUUAGCAUAAUGACGCUGCCAUGCUUGUUAGGCUGUUCCCCCUCCAGCUGACCUGAGGGUGCAUGCUGCAUAACAAUGUAAACUGCAGGGAAGCCGCUGUGCAGA